AUCCCCACCAUGUUUUGUCAAACCGAAACUGAGCGAAAGCUUGAGAGGGAAAAACAAAUCAGUUUGAGAGAUAGUUUAUUCGAGGAGAGGUUUGCGAAAAUGAAAGCCAGUUUUAAAGUUGGUUCUCUUGUCUGGACGCGAAUGAAAAAUUGUCCGGUUUGGCCAGCGCGGAUUGAGCCUCAACCUGAUCCACCAAAAAAAGGACAAUCCUAUGUUUACUUUUUUGGAGCCAAAAUAGAAGAGCAAUAUGGAUGGGUUGCAAACAGUGCUAUAACAAAAUAUGAUCAUGAAACAAGGAGCCAACUUGAGGAUGCUUCCAACAGAGCUGACUUUAAGCAGGGGGUUGAGCAAAUUGAAGCUGAAUAUAAAAAAUCACUUGGCAAAGACAGUGAAGGGGAACCAGAAUAUGAAUUUGAAAAAGCAGAAUCCGAUGAGGCCAAGUCCGAAGGUAAUAGGAGGAGCCGACAGGUCAAAAGGAAAAAUGAGGGCUUAGCAUCAACCAGCAGGGCAACAAAAGCACCUAAAAAAGUAAAUUCAGAGCCAUCGGAAAAUGGGGCUAAAAGCUACAAGAUGUCCUUCGUAGCCGACAAACUGAGAGACGGUCAAGGCCGCUUGACUCCAGCGUCAGAUGUUGACGUCGAUGAAGAAUCUGAGGAUUUAGAUGAGGAGACCACAGACAAAAAUUUGACUGUGGGUUUUUUGGGAGUCGGUGUUAUGAGCCAAGGAAUCAUUAGCAACGUAAUCAACGCGGGGCAUACUGUUUAUCUUUGGAGUCGUGAUGACACAAAGGCUAAAUCCAUGGAAGAAAAAGCUAGACACGAGGGUCAAGUUACUGUCUGUAUGACACCGUGUGAUGUUAUGACAGCAUGUGAUAUUGUUUUCAAUUGCACUUCUGAUCCUGAAUCAGCUAGAAAGAUGGUUCUUGACAACUGUGGAGUGCUUCAUGGUUGCGAUAGUUUGGAUGGCAAAGGUUUCGUGGAGCUGACCGGCAUUGACCCUCAGACAUCUGUAAAAUUGGCGGAUUCUAUCGCUGGAAAAGGUGGAAGAUAUUUAGAAGCUCAAAUGCAUGGCAGCCGCGAAGAAGCUAUCAAAGGUACGCUGAUUAUGUUGACAGCUGGUGACAGCAAACUAUUUAUGAAGUGUCAACCAUUCUUUCAAGCAAUGGCCAAAUCUUCAUUAUAUUUGGGUGAUGUCGGUGUCGCAAGCAGAAUUUAUCUUAUUCUGCAACUUAUGCAAGGUAUAAAUCUUGUGGGACUAGCUGAAGGUCUCGUGCUAGCAGAUCGAUGCGGUAUAUCCGGAAAAGAUAUGAUGGAUAUCUUUAAUAUGACCAGCAUGGCUUCACCCUACUUGUCUUCGAAAGCCAAAAAAAUUAUCGACAAGGAUUUUAAAACAGUGGACCAAUCAAUCAAAAAUAUUCAAAAAGAUAUUCGUCUAGCUUUGGGCCUCUCAGAUGAUCUGAUGCAGCCAUUAAUGAUGGCGUCCACUGCCAAUGAGGUUUUUAAGCAUUCAAGAAAGCUUGGUUUUGAUGACCAAGACUGCUCAUGUGUUUACAUGAAGGCUAGAUAUUAAAACAGUGCGCGAAUUUGAAUGAUUAAUUAUUCUUUAUUUUAUUAAUGGUGUCGUCAUUGUUAGAGUUUGGAAAUAUUAAGGGUAACAAUUGAACCUUUUUUUAAGUAUUCAUUAGUUAAAAAGUUUCAACUUGACUUUUUACAUUUUAUCCUUGACUUAUCAAUUCUAUACUUUCUAUUGACUUUAGUAGGUUAAAGAAAUAUUUAACUUUAUUUUAGUUUUGUCAUAAAAAACAAUAUAUCUUGAUUUUAAUUAAUUAUAAUUAGAAGUAAUUGUAUUGUGACUUGUAGUGAAUUCCUCAAAUAUUAAUAAUAAUAAAUUGAAAAAUAAAUUGUUUGCAAUAUUAAA